GCCUUGCGCCCUAUUCGCAGAGGGUGGGGCCAGUUCGAACCAAGAUGGCUGACUAUGAGGAUCGGGUGUCGGAUGAGGAGAAGGUGCGCAUUGCUGCUAAAUUCAUCAGUCAUGCACCCCCUGGAGAGUUUAAUGAAGUCUUUAAUGAUGUCCGGCUUUUACUCAACAAUGACAAUCUGCUCAGGGAAGAGGCAGCACACGCAUUUGCUCAGUAUAACAUGGAUCAGUUUACACCCGCAAAAGUCGAUGGAUAUGAUGAAACAGUUCUAAUUACGGAACAUGGAGACCUUGGCAACUCCCGAUUUUUGGACCCUAGGAACAAGAUUUCCUUUAAGUUUGAUCACUUGAGGAAAGAAGCAAGUGAUCCUCAUCCUCAUGAAACAGAAGUGGCUUUGAAGUCCUGGAGAGAUGCAUGUGAUACUGCACUGAGGGCCUACGUGAAGGAUCACUAUCCAAAUGGCUCUUGCACUGUCUACGGGAAGACAAUAGAUGGACAGCAAACCAUUAUUGCUUGCAUUGAGAGCCACCAGUUUCAGCCCAAGAAUUUUUGGAAUGGACGUUGGCGGUCUGAGUGGAAAUUUACCAUCUCACAGUCUUCUCCUCAGUUGGUGGGAGUCCUAAAGAUCCAGGUUCAUUACUAUGAAGAUGGUAAUGUUCAGCUUGUUAGCCACAAAGAUGUGCAGGAAUCCAUAACAAUUUCUGGUGAAGCUCAAACUGCCAAGGAGUUUGUGAGAAUUAUAGAGCAGGCAGAAAAUUCCUACCAGACCGCCAUAAGUGAGAACUACCAGACCAUGUCAGACACCACUUUCAAAGCCUUACGCCGACAGCUGCCAGUAACUCGUACCAAGAUCGACUGGAACAAAAUUCUCAGCUACAAGAUUGGCAAGGAGAUGCAGAACGCUUGAAAGUGUAGAGCUACAAUGAUGUUUAGUGUGCAAAGUUGGAACUGCCUGGUCUUUUAUGUAUGCUGUGCAGCAGCUGUAGCGGCCAGCAACACAUUGCAUUGUUGACCUACUCAGGCACAAAUAGCGUGUCACACAGAAAAAAAUAAAAAUAGGGAUUUAUAAAAUGUGAUAUUUUGCUAGGGUCUACAAAGUCAUUGUAUUUUCUAACCUUGAAGCAUUGAAGAAUUCUCUUGUUUUGGCUAUAUAUUAUUGUUUACAUAACCUGUCAUUGUUAUCCAUACAUUGGUUGGUUCAGUAUGUUCUGUUUGGAAAAGACGCAUCAAAUCACUUCUUGAAGUUAGAAAUCCAAAUCCACUUUGGACGACCAUUUAUUUUCUUUUACUGGCACAGAGCGCUUAAAGGAACUUUUAAUCUAAUUAACAUGACACUUGUAAUGUUUCUAUUUCUGUUUAAAUGAAAAUUAUUUUUAACAAAAAUCACAUUGCCCUGGAAUAUUGAGUUUUACUAGUUAAUAGUGGGACAUCAUAUUAAUUAAGGGUAAUAUAAAGAAAUGGUUUAUAUAAUACUGGUAGCUUGCUAAGUUUUGUACUUGAAUCACUGUUUCUUUGGUCUUUUUUCCUUUGUUCGUGUACACAUGAGAUCAGUCUUGCUUCUCAGCAGAUAAUAUAUCCUAUUAAGCAACUAUGAUGAUAUUAAAAUAAUACUUAAGAUCAUAUUAAAA